UCUCUGAAAGAACACAGUAGUGUGAGUCAGCUAGAGUAAUUUACAUCUGUAUGUUUUACAGGGUAGAAGAGGUUGUUUUUUUAAAGGCAUCUACCACACCCUAGAAGGAUUCCUGGCUUUAAAUCAUUCAGGUUUCACUCUUGUGAAGAAAGCGCUGCACUGCACUUUUUCAUUAUUACAGCUGAGUGUUUUCUGAGCUAAUCAAAAUGCCCGCUCCUUCAGAACUGGAAAAGGCAAUGGAGUGCUGCAUCCUUAAAUAUGAUGAGUACGCAUCAGGCAAAUUUAGCAUGUCGAGGGAUGACUUCAAAAAGAUGUUACAUGCUGAAUUUCGUUCUUUGUUUGGGGGACUGAGUUCUAAAGCACUUGAAAAAGCACUUGAUGGAGUAGCCAGAUCUCUGGAUUGCAAUUCAGAUAACAGGAUAUGGUUCACAGAGUUCUUGAAUUUUGUUGCUGGUGUAGCAGAGUCCAAUUAUGAAUCUCACUGCAAGAGCCAUCCGUUAAAGUCGAGCUAAUAAUGGAGGUGAAAAAAAAGACUUAAUCUGACUGAAAAAAUACCAUUUUUGAUUUUUGUAAAAAUGCAUAGCUAUCUUGUGUAACGUUUGCAUCACAGAUGAGUUAGCAUUUCAGUAAGCAACACACAUGCACAGAAAAGUCUUAACAGUAUUUUAUCUCCUUUGACCCUGAUAAAUGUAAUGCUUAGUGUGGAAUUUCUUUUGAUGGGCCAAUGUCCCCUUGAAUACCUGGAAAUAGUCUCUGAGCAUUUGUUCCACAGGUUCUGUAUUUUUGUGGUUAGGGCUGAUUUUCAUUUGUAACUGGUUUCCCUUUUAUAAUGUAAAAUAAAAAUAAUAAAACAAAAAGCAUUUCUUUCUA